AUGGCGACCUCCCACGAUCCCAACAAUACAGCCUCAGGUGACCACGUCCAUCUUGAUGGAAGAACACUCGAAGGAGGCGGGCAGGUGGUCCGAAAUGCACUCGCAUUAUCAGCUUUGACUGGCCGGCCAGUGACCAUCGAUCAUGUCCGCGGUAACCGUGGAAAGAAGCCUGGCCUGAUGGCAUCGCACGCAGCAGCUGUCAAGCUGCUGGCUGAAAUCAGUGGCAGCGAAGUCUCGGACGGCACAGUUGGAUCGACGCGCCUGACAUUUAUACCUCCACAAGCGGGUGUCGAGAGAGACUUGAGAUCGCCAGGCUCGACCCAGACUUCUGGAGACGCACCCCUGGUGUCGUUGACCAACCUCACGGUGCAAUCGGAGUACAACAUUCGUUUGCAGACACCGGGCUCAGUCUUUCUCAUUUUCCAGGCGCUCUACCCAUAUCUUUUGCAUGUUGGGUCGCGCACAUGUACGGAGUGCAUCAAGGUGAACAUCACAGGUGGCACGAAUGGCACCAGUUCCCCGUCGUAUGACUAUGCUUUUCAGGUCAUGGCGCCCAACUUUGCUCGAUUGGGCCUUCGGCCUUUUUCGAUGAUCCUCCACAAACGUGGCUGGUCGACUGGAGUGGUGGGAAUGGGGGAAGUUAGCUUCUUCAUUCAUCCUCUACCGCCCCCCGACGACGAACUCGAGAAUAUGGGCGCGUUAGACGUUUCUGAAAGGGAUGGGAAUCAACACACUACAGGAGCUGCAGCCCCCUCUCGCUUUCCUCAGAUCAGGAUCAUGGAUCACAAGCGCGGGAAAAUCACUCGCAUUACGGUUACUAUUCUCGCGACAAACGAUGUACUCCAUCAAGCAGUUGAAGAUGGGGAAACGCUGACCGUUGCCCGGUACACUGAGCGGCAGACUCUUCGCAGGCUACGCAAAGCCCUUAAGGCCCUGGACCCAUCAAUCUUUGAGGAGCCACACGAUGGAGAGACCCGGAUUCCCGUCAAAUUGCUCCCGACAGAGGUAACCUCUCACUUCAGCCGGCUAUACAUCCUGAUUGUGGCCCAUACCUCCACAGGAUUCCGGAUUGGUCAUGAUGCACUCCUCGGCGAUAACAGGGGAUAUAAGCACGCGAAGAGGAAGCUUGGAAAGCACGAGAAGCACAGAAAGGGACAGGGCCCACCUGCUGAGAAAGGAAGCUCGGCGGCAAAUCUAGAAAAAGUGUCGGAUAUGAUUGAUGGGUGUGUGCAGGGGUUUAUUGAAGAACUGGUAAGUCUGCAGACGCAGACCGACCAGGAGUCCGGAUCUACCAUUGGGAAGCGAUCGUGCCUGGAUCGGCACAUGAGAGACCAGAUUGUCGUGUUUGAGGCUCUUGGAAACCUGCAUCGAGUGGGUACGUCUGGAAGCGAGGCAGCUGAGGAGCAGGAGGACGAGCGAUAUUGGACUCUCCACACCAAAACGGCUCAAUGGGUGUGUCGGAAGAUGCUGAACGUGUUUGAACAUUGA